UAUUGACUCUCCAAAAAAACAGAGGUGGAUAAAGGUCUAACGAUAGCAGAGUCCAUGGCUAGAGCAACCGUGAAAAUCCCCAUUAAUCGCCUGAAUUCUGAUGAGGCUGUUAAAUAUUGUGGCAGACAAGAAAGUGUGGUUGAUCUGAUUUUCGGGAUUUUAGAAGAGGGUGAUGUGUCCUCGGAUAGCUCUUGCAAUUCCUGCAAUAGCAGUAAUUAUGGUGGCAGCCUAGAUGAUAUGGAUGUCGAUGACGAGUCGGUGGAUAAUAAUGUCAAUAGUGUUGAGGAGGACAAGGCUUUUUGGGAAUCUAAGGGCCAACUUCUCCAGGAAGCCUUGUGUAGGACAACUUCAAUUGAAACAAAAAUCAGGAACGCCACAAAAGAAGCUAUGAGGGAAUUAAGUUUGGGCGGUAUUGCUUGCACUUGUCGAAGACCGACGACCGAGAGUUGUCAAAAUUGCCUACAAAGAGAAAUUUCCGACCGCCUUCGAAAGGUCGGCUACAACUGUGCCAUUUGCAAAUCUAAGUGGAGGAGCUCACCAGAUAUCCCCAAAGGGGAGCACACAUAUUUGGAAGUAUUGGACAACUCUAACUCAAAGAAAAAGGAACUAAGAGUUGUUAUCGAGUUGAAUUUUAGGGUCGAGUUUGAAAUGGCCAAAGCUAAUGAGGAAUACAACCGAUUAAUUUUUCGGUUGCCUGAAGUGUUUGUCGGUAAGCCUGAGAGGUUACAGGCCCUAAUUAAGAUAUUGUGUUCAGCAGCCAAGAAGUGCAUGAAGGAUAAAAAGAUGCACAUGGGUCCAUGGAGGAAGCACAAAUACAUGCAGGCUAAGUGGUUCGGCGAGUGCGAGAGAACAGUACCACUAAUCCUAUCAGGUGGAUUUUCAGGUCAAUUGCCUAAGCCGAGGGCCUCCAUGCUAACCUUCAACUUGAUAGAGAACUUGCCUGUUUUGAAAUGUACAGCAGUUAAUUGAAGUUGUGUGAUCGCUGUGAUGAAAAACAAGUUUUGUCUCUCUGUUAAUACGUUUUGUCUUAUGAUGUUGCACUUUGAUUGCUUGAGCCGUUGGGGCUUAGAUUCACGGCUAUCCUCUAGCGAACAUGUGCUAGCUCUCUUCAAGUUUGAGUUGUACUUUUGGAAUUUUGGCGUUUGUGGGUGAGCUUGAAGUAAAGAGGCCAAGGAUAUAAUUGAGAUAAUGUACAGUAUUCAGUUCAAAAAAGAAAAAGAAAAAGAAACAAAAGACUACGUACAGCAUUGAAUCAUGUAAAUCUAUGUUUUAAUAUUUGAUAAGGGAACAUCAAACCAAGGGAAAUCAUCACUUGUAA